GGCCAUCAUGUGCUGUUGGUAAUAACGGAAUAUAUGUGAAAUUUGUCCGUUUGAUUCGGGAUUGCUUUUUCAUAUAAAUCAUCGCCGUAUAUUUUACCUACUCAUAUACAUAUCGAAAGCUCUCAUACUCGUAGCAAUAAUUGUACUUAUACCGAUCAUUUCGAUACUGGUACAUAUUCAAGCAAGACACUAAGAUUGUUGGUAUCAUGGUGUUAGACCUUCUAUAUGUAUGUUACGUCCCUUCUUUUCUUUUGUAUUUUCAAAAAAAACGUUAUCUCUAUGAUUGGAAAGUCGAAUAAAAUAGUACCAACGCACUCCCUCAUCACAGUGAGUUUUGUAUUAGCAAGCCGCCUUUGUGGGUUACGGUUGUCAAUCAGGGGUACCUAGCAGCUGG